UCUGUUAUGGCUGUCUUUAUGUUUGUUGUAUCAAUUUGUAUGUCAAUUAUCAAUUAACCCUUGUUAAUAAUGGCCUGGUGAUUAUUAAAAAGCAGAGCUUGGUGUGACUACUAUCGAUGUACAGUAUAGUAUAUGCGUGAAUAAUGGCUGCUGGCGGCGAAGAUCUGUGGCGCGAGUGCGCGUCCUGGCUCACAAGAUGUGGCUUAUUACGGCCCGAUCAUAAGUCAAAUUGGGACUCGAGUUCCAUACACGACCUGGCAUACACUCUACGAGAUGGUGUGCUUCUCUGUAAUCUGCUAAACGUGCUGCAUCCAGGAUGUGUCGAUAUGAAAGAUGUCAAUCAGCGCCCACAGAUGGCCCAGUUCCUUUGCAUGCGAAAUAUAAAAGUAUUUUUACGAACAUGCCAUGAAGUGUUUGAACUCAGAGAGACAGAUCUGUUCGACCCCUCUAUGUUAUUCGACUUGUCCAACUUUCAUAGAGUGUUGUGUACACUUGCGAAGCUCAGUCAGUGCCCAAAGGCAAUAGCGAGAAAUGUUCAACCAUUUUCUGCUAGAAGGACACAAUCCGAAGAGGAUAUUUACAGAGAUCUACAGGCCGUCGCAAACCAAGCGACGGAUUUACCGCCUCCCUACGAAGUGGUAUCGUACGAAGAGCACGCGAACGCUAUGGAGGUACCGUGGAUACAGUUCACAAUACCGAGCGUCACGUGCGAGGACCGAGUGGAGGAGAUAUACGAGGACCUCUGCUAUGUCAAGUUCACCUCCGACAUGCCUGAGCUAGCGACGUCGUCGCACAGCCUAGAAAAGAGGGACUAUGUUAUUAGAGAACUGGUCGACACGGAGUGCAAUUACGUGGACGUGCUUAGUAAAAUAAUUAAAUACUUCCUGAGGCCGCUGACGCCUUAUUUGAAACCUCAGGAUAUGCAAGUCAUAUUUUUUGGUGUCAAGGAUUUACACGAUAUUCACUCUGGAUUGUUGAGACAAUUGCGACUCGCGACAGAGAACUGUGUGCCGGGGAACGGCGCCCCGAGACUGGCGGACGUAUUCUUAGCGUGGAGGGAGAGAUUGCUUCUGUACGGAGACUACUGUUCCAAUCUCACUAAUGCCCAGGACACGCUCAAGGCGCUCGACGCGAGAGACUCUACGUUCAGCAAGCAACUCGCAAAAUGUCAAAAGGAGCACAGCGACGGUCGCAUUCAGCUGCGAGACAUCCUCUCUGUGCCGAUGCAGAGAGUGCUCAAGUACCACCUGCUCCUGGACAAACUCGUGCAUGAAACACAACCGAACCAUGAAGAGUUUCGCGGAUUGGAGCGCGCGAAGGAGGCGAUGGUGGACGUGGCGCAGUACAUCAACGAGGUGAAGCGAGACAGCGAGGUACUGGCGCUACUGGCUAAGGUUCAGGAGAGCAUAAUAGACUGGGAGGCGGGCGCGCUGGGCGCGGGGGGCGCGGGGCUGGCGGCGUACGGCCGGCUGCUGCUGGACGGGGAGCUCAAGGUCAAGGCGCACGAGGACCAGAAGCUGCGCUCGCGAUACGUCUUCGUGUUCGACAAGCUCAUGCUGCUCUGCAAGCCCGUCAAGGUGAUCUACCCGACCGACAACCAGUACUCGUACCGCACGGGCAUCCGGCUGGCGGAGUACCGCGUGGAGGAGGGCGGCGGGCGGCGCGCGCUGCGCGGGGACGCGCGCUGGACGGCGCACUUCUACCUCGUGCGCCGCUCCAAGGACUCCACCUUCACGCUGUACGCGCGCACCGACGACUGCCGCCGGAAGUGGCUCAAGGCCAUCAAGGACGCCAUAGAUAACUUGGAGCCCCCCGGAUGCCGAAGCACGAACCACAAAUUCGUCUUGCACACGUUCCAGAAGCCCGCGACGUGUCACCACUGCUCCAAAUUUCUCAAGGGCAGAAUAUUCCAGGGCUACCUGUGCUCGGUGUGCAACGCGUGCGCGCACAAGGACUGCAUCGCGCUGUCGGGGCACUGCAGGGGCGGGCUGGCGCCGGCGCCGCCGCUGCCGCCGCACGCGCAUCAGCCCGACACCGCGCUGCACUACUACAUGUGGUACGUGGGCGAGAUGGGGCGCGAGACGGCGCGCGCGCGGCUGGAGCGGCGCGUGGACGGCACGUUCCUGCUGCGCGUGCGCCCGCGCGCCGUGCAGAGCCUGCCGCCGCCCUCGCACAACGACACGCACUACGCGCUCUCGCUCAAAACGGACAACACCGUGAAGCACAUGCGCGUGUGCCGCAAGCCCAUCGACCAGGUGCCGCACUACUUCCUCUCCGAGUCGCGGUUCUUCCGCAGCAUCGUGGAACUGAUCUCCUACUACGAAAAGACCAGCUUAUCUGAGAAUUUUGUCGGGUUAAACUCCAAUCUACGCUGGCCAUUCCGGCGAGUGGUGGCAACGGUCAUACAUGAUUUUCGUCCGCUGGAGGCAUCGCAAUUGGCGCUACGACCCGGAGCCAAGGUGCUCGUGCUCAGCAAAGAGGGGGACAGCCGCGGGUGGUGGAAAGGACGCACGCUCGACAAGGGUGACAACAGAUCCGGCUACUUCCCCAAGGAGUGCGUGCGCGAGGACCCCGAGUGCAUCGGCGCGCUGGACUGAUGUCAGCUGUGCGUCGCCGAGCGCGAGCGCGCCGCGCCCUCCGCGCCGCCCGCGCCCUGCGACCUGGACGAGCACGACCACGGCGACCUCGUCUAAGGCGUCACCGCUAUAUCACUGAGCCGAUAAAUAUCAGUCAUUUGAAAUCAUUCGUUACGUUUCAGAUGAAACUAUAUUUCGCAAGAAACUACAAAUUACGUCUGCGACUACCUUCGUAAUGACGGCACGUAUACGUAGAGGCGUAUAUUAAUUUAUUGUGUAAAUUGAUUUGAUAACUUAGACUUAAUCGUAUAAUAUAUUGAAAAUGAACUUUAAAGUGAAGUGCAAAUCUAUGUUGAUGAUAAAAUUUCCGAAGUAUGAAAUGAACAAGACGAUGUAUGGAAUAAGUGUUACUUGUUGUGCUAAUAUGAUAAAAUGCUUUAAAUACUCGUGCUUUACAAUAUAGAAUUCUAUGUCGAAUGUACAAGGGACGAUUGUCCUUUAAUUUAUAAAGAAAUCUAUUUAAUAUUGCAUGUGCAAUAUAAGAAAUUUUAUGUAUGAAUCGCACGGCGGGGUUUUAGUGUGUAUGAAAUAUAUCUUAGCGAGCGAGGUGAUCGCUAUGAAAUGUUGUUGUUGAUGUUCUAGAACCGAGUCAAAUGUAUAUUUAUUUUUGUGAACUAUGUAAGUUAUUUUUUCAAGUCAUAGAUAAUACUUAGAUAGAUAUAAAAAAUGUUACAAUCAUAUCCUAUCAAUGCAAUUUCAAUGCACAUUUCAUUGCUUAUAAAUAAGUGGUAUGGAAACUUCUUCCUUAUUGUAGUUAAAUGUUAAAUUCGGAGUACUACGGAAUUGUAUGUCUACCAUAUUUUUACUAUAAAAUAACUAAAGUAUAAUAUUUGAUGUAUUAGAAAAUAUACAAAGCGAGUUUACUUGAUACGCAUAGUUUACGUUGUAGCGAUAUAAUACUUCUUGCUAUAUGAUACUAUCGUAUAGAGAUUGUGUAUAGCAAGAUAUGCACAAAUAAACAGACUGUCUUAAUAUUUCAAGCAGUAAUCAAAUCGCUUAUUGGCAAGUAAGUGAUGCUAGGCACAAAAUAAAUCGUAUCUAAACAAUUAAAUAUUAAGUAUAAGUGCAAGGAGUAAUUAUGUCAUUAAAAAUCAUAUAUUUUUCUUUCGGAACUGUCAAAAAUAUUAAUCCUUUAACAACAUUUAUUAUUUAUUACUAUUGCAUCUGACUAGUUAGUAAAUAAUAAAAAUGCCUUUACGCACAAUUUAAUCUAAAUAAGUAAACGAAACUAUUCAUAGUUUCGAUUACUUAUACUGAAUUCUUAGUAUACAAGCUAAUGACAGAGUUAAUAGAGGUUUCCAAUGUACCGCACAAAAACAUUUGGUCUAAAAUCACAAAGAUAGAUUGGUUUAUAGCUCUCUUCUAAGCCUUUAAUAUGUUUUAAAUGACAUCUAAUUCAACUAUAUUCAAUGUUAGCAUUUUUUUAGUUUCUAUUUGUUACUUAAAUUUAAUUCGUUCUGUGCUCAAAAUUAUAUCUGACAUGACGAACAAGAGAUAACUGCCAUUUUCUUUAUAAAACUUUUUAGUACAUGAGCUAAUUGAUUUAGUAUAAUAGAUAGUAAUGUUGGUUUGAAUGGUACCGAUAAUGUUUUAAUUAAAUUGUUAUAAAGUGAGAAUGUGUGCCAAACUAAAAAGUGAAACAUACAUUUAAUUACAGAUUCAAUUAUAUAAUUAUAUUUAUAUUAAUUAAAAACUAAAGUUAACUGCAAUCAAUAUAUAAUUCCUAUUUAUUUUAAACUGUUAUUGAAAAAUAUAUUUUUUUUACUUUACGAUAUUCUAGAUGUCGCCCAUUACAGUAUUUUAGCUAUACAUUCCAAGACAAUCAAAAACUAAAUAUAACGUAAUAUUAAUUGAAAUAAAUAUUUACUGAUAAUAUUCAUCUUCUUAAUCGUUGUAUCUGUCUUUAUAUUGAUGAAUUUAAAUAUGUUACACAAUCUAUAUGAACAAAUAAAAAGUUACAAUAUUCGGCAUUAUCAUGACACUUUAACUCAUUAAAUAGAACAAACAUGAAUGUAAAAAUAUUAUUUUAAAUGGAUGAGUAAUAUGAUUAAAAGUAAUAAAUUACCUUAUUAUGAAAAUAUAAUCCAUCAUCAAGUUCCGCUCAAAUUCAGUCUCUAAAUGUUUGGUUAAAAUUUAAGCUUCGGUUUAUAUUGGUUGUAUGAUGAUGUUUGUGAUUUUCUGAAGAAUUGCAAACAAUUAUAAGCAAAAAAAUUUACAACUAUUUCAGUGUGAGCACCACAAUUGACCCACCAAUGAUUUAUGUAUUUAAGUUUAAUGUUGAACCCAAUGACAAUUAAUAAAUAUUAUAAUUUAACACUAACAUUUAUAAUAUUGUAUUGUAAAUAAAUGUUUAAUCAAAUAUAACUUGGAAAAUGCUUAAAACAAACUCUUUAAAUAUUAUAAAAAUUGGUAAUAACGAGAGUAAUACUAUAUAUUGUAUCUUGUAGAUUAGUUGUUUUCAAAUGAGACAAGGAUUUUGUCUUCAUGUAUCAUUAUUCUCUCUAGCUAGACAACAUUAAUGAAUUAUUUAUAACUGUUUGACCUAACUUUCAUAAUGCAUCAACAAUGUUAUUCAUUCAUGUAUUACGAAAGUUAUGAAAUAAUAUAAAUUCUAGUCCGUCUAAUAUUUCUUAUGUAGUAAAUAUUAAAAUAUAGGAGAGAUUGAAGAUCCUAAUGAUGAUCAUGUCGCUCGGUCUGCGAUGAGUUGAACGGGAUUCGUUGUAAUUCGAUUGUAAAUUCAAAAUUGAUUUAUUAUAGUGAAAUCAGUAAUACCUUGAUAUUCUUCUGUCUUAGAAAUGUAUAUCAUACUAUGUUAAUUAUUAAAAAAGUACCUAUUAACGAUAACUUAAUAAAAACAAUGUGCAAAUAUUUCAUAUCUGAUAUAAAAUAAACACUAUGAACUUGUUUAUGCAUUUGUGAAGUUAUGUAAAUAUAAAAAAUAUCUUUAUUAAAAACAGAAGUGAUAUCGGAAAUGAGGCGCAGAGGUUGUUAUGAAAUGAAAUGAUAUUGGUAUAGUCAUAGGGGAAAUAAUAUUUGUUGUGACAAUGUAUAGAUGUAUAUUUUUAAUACAUGACUCUUAGUUCUCUAUCCCUGUUGCAUGAUUUUGUGUAAAAGAAUAAGAAUAUUGUUUUUUUUGCGAUAUUCGAUGUUUUGUUUAUUGAGAAUAUAAUAAAUUUAAAAGUGAUACAAGCAAGGGAAACGUAACAUCUAGAAUAAUAGGGAAUAGUCGAAUAAUGUAUAUUUUUCUUAUAAUGGCAAUGUCUAUGAGCGAUGGUCACCGCUGAUCAUCACUUGAUCAAUUUGGCUCCCUCCCUUUGUGUUACACAAAAAUAAGAAGGAAAUAAAUGCAAAAUGAAUGUAAACAAUUGAAACAAGAUAUUAAUUAUGUAUCGUGCCAAAUUGUAAAAAAAUAUAAAUCCCUGAUGAUCUCUUUAAAUGUGCUAAUAUGAUUUGAUUACUAUAUAUCAAUAUACUGAAUAUCAAAUUCCAUGUACAAAUAUCAAUAGACUUAUUUUAUUAAAUUCAUCUAUUUUCUUGUAUAGUGUAUUGGAGAAAUGUAUCUAUCUUAUAAUGUACCUAUAGAAAAGGGUUUUUAAUUUUCCAUAAAAUAAUUUGACUCAUUCAAGAGUGUAUUUUAAAGUUGACAAUUAUUUACAAUAUAAAAAUGUAGUUAUAUAGAAAGCAAUGGAACAGACUAAGAAAAUGUAUACUUAGAAAUUAAUCGUACAAAAAUGUUGGUAAAUGCUAUUUAGAAUCGACAAUGAAGUGUAACAACAGUUAUGUAAUUCACAUUGCAAGGAGCUCCCCUAAUGCGAAACAGUUAUUAGCAUUAGUUAGUAUUGUUUGAUAUUCAUGAAUUUGAAAACGUUAUAUAUCAUAAUUUUAAUUACAAUUAAAUAUAUUUUUCUCUGUUCGUACGGACGCAAUGCUUGAUAUAUUUGUCGGUGCUAGCGUUAUUUUGUGUUCAGUACGCUUUUUAUGUAGUGGACAAGAGCACCUGUGGAGCAGCUGUUGUGUAAAUGUAUUUUGAUUUAAUUUAUGUUCACCUUUGUAAAUAUAUUAUGUAUACAGAAAUCGCAUAUCUCAUUGUUCUGUAGUUAAAUAAGGUGCCUCCACAAUAAAUACAAAGUUGGAGAA